AUGUUUGUGCUUCUACUAUUGCUUGACUUUGUCAACCAAUCACUCGCCCAGUCCAAUUCGACGGCCCUGGAAGGCUGGCAGUUUGAUGACAGCUCACGCUCAAGUUGGGACAUUUUUUGGACAUGUGUUUCAACAAUCCUUGCCUGCACAUGGACAGCCCUGCAUAUUUCUGUUCCAAGUCGUGAUCAGACACAAGCAGUAUAUAUUUUUGUGAAGGCAAUGGCAUGGGUGGGCACGAUACUUGCCCCGGAGUUCAUGGCUGGAACCGCAGCCGAAGAACUAUGGCAGGCAAGAUCUGCAGUGGCACGAUGCAAUGCUGCUUUCCGCAUAGUAAACAGCGAACGCGUUGACCCAGACCCCUCACCAUCGGAGGUUUCAGAAACAGAAAAGACAGAAAAGCCUGAGGGUCGCUGGCGCACUAUCCAGGGGUUUUGCCUCGGUAUGAAUGGUGUUCUUCUGCAGACUAAGGACGAUUGGACAUAUCCAGUACGCUGUAGCAAUGUUGUUGCUCUGAUCAAAGCGCGCGUCAUCAAGCCAUCUCAUUUGAGGAUUCGAGACAUCCAAGACCGCGCCAAGGCGGACUCCUUUGCCAAAGGAUUUACCCUGCUCCAAGCCUUUUGGGUAACUUGCAAUAUUAUUGCCAGACGAGCAUACGACUUGCCAAUUACAGCCCUCGAGAUUUCUACAUUGGCUUAUAUCGCUUGUGCUGCCGCAACAUACAUAAUUUGGUGGAAUAAACCAAAGGAUAUGGUAACACCAAUCACAAUUUAUCUGCCAUACGAUCGUGAUUCCGAGAGUAUGCCGUCUCAAGUCAGAGAUAUCCUAGACGAAGAAGUUGGGAACUGGCUCCACUCGGAUGAUAUCCCUGAAGACACUGACUCUCCGGUAUGGAUUAUCUUUCUCACAUUUUUCUAUUUCCAACUUGCUGUGUUGUCAAUCGUUUUCACACCUUGGUCGUGGAAGAGACAGUGGAAAGUGUUCAAAGAUAAGCUGGAAGUGGUAAUGCAAAAUUCUCAGGGUCGAAGCCCACUGGCGAAGCCCUCUGAUGCCAGCACUGGUGGCCCCCGAGAUGAGGAAAAUCCCCAGGAGACUGAAAAGACAUCAUAUACCAACGAUGGCGACCAUCAAGAAGAUGAAAUUUCUGAGAGUGCCAUAACAGCAUCAGGGUCCGAACAACCAAGAAAUGAGCCAAAAGUCGACGGAAUAUUGACCGUAACGGAAACUUCCCAAGGAAAAGAACCAUUGAUCAGGUCUUCUGAAGCCAGCGAAAAUGAUCCUCGAGAUGUGGAAACCCGUCAAGAACCCGAGCAAGUAUCCGAGGCCCAACAUAAGGGCAUAUCGACAGAAGACGACGAAAGAAUGACGAUCACGGAAUGGACCAACAUCGCCCAUUUCUACAUGUUCGUUUCACUGGUCUUUUGCGGAAUACAUGUUGCUGCAUGGAACUCCGCGUUCCCAACACAGGCAGAGCAAACGGUAUGGCGAGUGCCCUCGCUAUUUGCGCUCUGUAUAACGCUGCCUCUGUACUUCAAAUUCCUUUGGUCAUUCUACUGGCUCCGGCGUACACUGGGUAACAAGGAGAAGCGUGUCUCAAGUGAUAGCUGGUCAAAGGCACCUGACCUUCUUUUCAUACUGGUGUGGUUUUGCUGUUACGCAACUGCACGCUGGGGAAAUGUCAUCCUUAUGUUUAUCUCCCUCCGGGCAUUGCCUGCUGGUUCUUAUACCAGUGUGGAUUGGUUAACAUCGAUUCCCCACAUCUAA